AUGUCUGCGUCUGAAAAUGCUGAGUCACAUGAAGUGAGUGAAGGAUGCCCCCCCUCUGCAGAAGCUGGACCCCUGAGGAUUGUUCUGCUGGGCAGGACCGGGACAGGCAGAUCCUCCUCAGGCAACACCAUCCUGGGCCGCUCCGCCUUCUGGGUGGAAGUGUCCCCCUGUUCCGUAACAAGAAGGUGCAAGAGACAGAAUGGGACCGUCGACGGACGCAGCAUCUCUGUCACCGACACCCCGGGGUUCCUCCACACUCAGAUGUCCCCUCAGGAGCUGAUGGACGAGGUGGGAGAGGCUGUUGCUUUGUCCAAUCCGGGGCCGCACGUCUUCCUGGUGACCCUGCAGCCCGGUAGGUUUACCCAGGAGGAGAGGGAGGCCCUGGGGUGGAUCAAGGCCCGGUUCGGGCCUGGAGCCGCCAGCUUCACCAUGGUGCUGUUCACCUGGGCGGACCAGCUGCAGGGUAAAAGCAUCGAGGACUUCCUGGAGGAGAGUCCUGAGCUGUUUGAGUUCGUCAGCAGCUGCCAAGGAGGGUAUCACACCUUCGACAACAGCAGCCAGGACAACGCAAAGGAACAAGUCCGGCAGCUCCUCAAGAAGGUGGACAAACUGGUGAGAGACAAUGAGGGCAACUGCUACAGCAGUGAGAUGCUGAGGGAAGCUGAGAGUGCUCUGAAGGAGGCCCGAGAGAAGAUCCUGGAAGAAGACGAGGGCAGGUUCUUUCACAAGGAGCCUGAGGGCAAAGAAGACUUGACCUCUGAUUCAGAAAGGAGGAGGAAAGAGGAUGAGGAGGAGAGGAGGAGGGCGGAGAAGCUGUUCUGGUGCGAGCUGGUGACGGCGCUGGGGAAAGGGGCCGCAGAGGGGGCCGGGAUCCUGGGGAAGGACAAAGGGAAGGGCAAAGCAGUGAAGAAGGUGAAGGUGGUGGAGAAGGCGGCGGCCCUGGCAGCAUCGCCGCUCUCCAUCACUUCAGCCGCCAAAGCGGUGGGAGGAGCCGUGAGGGAAGGAAGCAAGGUGCUGUUUAAACACAGGAAGACUUUCCUGCAUUGAGAGACGGGAGGCAGGCCUGACAACAGCACUGGUCGAUCAUUACAUUUAGAAAUGUAUGUAUUUGGCUGUUUAAAGAUAUUUUCACAAGUGAUUGCAGCUGGAUUGUUUAGAACAGGCUUUUUAAC